AUGCCUUUUGAUGCUCCAUCUUCUACAGGCACGGCCUCCUUGCCCAUGCGGGAAGUGUCUCUGGUCAGCAAGCGCGCUCAGAUACGCGGAGCAAUCAGCGCCUUGUUUGCGGGCAUGGUGACCGGGCUGCUCUGUCAACGACUUCUGCGCGUUCCAUCCAAGUAUAUACUGGCGAAUUCUUUGCGUGAGUGGCUGUGCGCGUGGCAUUGAGGAAGAGAGCUGUCAAAUGGUGCUCACUCGACACAUCACCCCGGCGCACACAUGCAGUUGCUGCAGGCACAGCAGGCUACAUUUCCGCCCGAUCUGAGCUUCGAGAUGGUCUAUCAGAGCUGGAGAGAUCCAUCGCUCUUCAAAGAGGUCACUCGCCCAAUCUGCCAAAAUUGCAAGUCGGACAGCAGCCCAACGAUGACCAGGCUUCUGCAAAUGAGUGGAGCGCGGCAAAUGAGACGAGGUUCGAGGCGGGAGCGGGAGGAAUGAGCGAGUUUGUAGACAGGUAUGCUACUACAAGAGGAGAUCAUUGA